UAGAUUUUUUUUUAAUGUCUUGUUACAAGUUUUGUCAAGCUAAGAAAGUGUUUAGUUUGUUUUCGGUUUUCCUCGGUCGGAUCCAGUUUUGCGGAAACAUACAACAAACAAGUGAAAAGUGUCGAACCGAACUGUGCUGAACGAUUUUAAUAACGAAUCGCGCAUGAAAUUUCUCUUGGGGGCUUUGCCUUGUUAUUUACAUUGCUUUCGUUUUCAUUUUUGGAUUCAAAGUUACGAUUCAGUCAGUGGCUUUGUCUCCACUAAUUCUUAGGUUUUUUUAAUAUGCUCUAUUUCACAUCGAAACCUUACUGUUUAGCUUCAGGCGCUUCACGCAUAUAAUUGCUAAAACUGGUUUCGGAUUCAAAUUUGCAACCCCCGAACCAGAAGUCGAAGAUUAUUACAUUUAAUAUCCGAUCGCUCGAUCGAAUUGCGUCAAAAGAUCCGAUUUGGUUUCGAAACAUUUUUUUUCUCUAUUCUCGAACCUUUAAACCUUUCGGUGCAACAGCUCAAGUGGUCGAAUAAAAUUUCGAUAAGACCACACUCCACCGACAACCAAUCCCGAAAUCGAAAUCCAAAUCGAGUGCCUUCGUCGCCGAUAGGGCGUUUAUCAAAAGCGAUUCAAAUCCGUUUUAUUUCGUGUUGUUGACCUGAUAACCAGAUAACCUAUCGUUGGGUCUCGUUCGGUAUAAGUGCAUGAUUGAUUGAAUUUUUUGAUUCAAAAAUUUCGAAGAUUAAGUGAUUCUUUUAUUUCAAACUUGUUAAGUCAGUGCCCUUUGUGUGUUUCUGUUCUAAAAAAAGUGACUGCUUCCAGAUUUUCAUUUUCAAUUAUUCAAUACCUAUAGUUGUCGUCGAAGUUGAUUUUUGCUGAACUGAAAUUGUACCAGAGCUCCUGUCCACCAGCCCCGUUCUAAGGUUCUUCGACUCAACGAUGGCAUCGAACGUUCCCGAGCUGCAAGAUGACGAACGAUUUGCAUUGAUGAAGUUCCGUCGACAAGUAGCAGACAUACUUAAACCAGAACACGAUGACUAUUAUUUACUGCGAUGGCUAAGAGCACGCGCAUGGAAUCCGGAGGCCGCCGAAAAGAUGUUGCGUGAAACGAUGAAGUUUCGUGAACGGUGGGACGCCGACGGAAUUGCCAAGUGGCCUUCUCCGCAGAUAAUCAAAGACAUCGCACCACACGGAAUUGCCGGGUAUGACAAGGAAGGUUCCCCAAUCGUCAUAAUUCCAUUCGCCGGCUUUGACAUCUGGGGUCUGCUGCACACGGUAUCAAGGGCGGACAUUAUCCGGUACACCCUGCAAACGCUGGAGGGCUAUAUGCAGCUGGCCCUGGAACAGAGCAAAAAGAUGAACAACCCGAACUGCCGGCAGUUUGUGGUCAUCUUCGAUAUGGACAACUUUAAUCUGAAGCAGUACGUGUGGCGACCGGCGAGUGAAGUGGUCAUUUCCCUGAUCAAGAUGUACGAGGCCAACUACCCGGAGAUUCUCAAAUGUUGCUAUAUUAUCAAUACCCCGAAAGUAUUCGCCUUCGCCUACAAUAUGAUCAAAAAGUUCCUCGGCGAGUAUACGAUCGAGAAGAUCAAGAUCUACAAAUCGGACCGGAACAAGUGGUUGUCCGCAAUCUUGGAACGGUGUGAUGCGUCCCAGAUUCCGAAAUACUACGGCGGAACCAUGACGGACGAGGAUGGCAAUCCCAAGUGCGAGAGCAAGAUCGGGUACGGAGGGCUGGUUCCGAAGAGCAUGUACAUCUCCAAGGAGGACAGUUUCAACAAUAACCUCACGUUCAUCGACACCGAGAUACGGAAGGGCAACAAGCUGAAGCUGACGUUUGACUGUGAGGAUGCGGGUCGCUUCUUGAAAUGGGAGUUCCGAACGUACGAUCAUGACAUCAAAUUCGGAAUCAAAUGCAUCAACAAAAAGACCCAGGAAAGCACAAUCGAAGUGCCCCUGAAAAGGGUGGCCUCCCAUCAAGUGGAUGAAUCGGGAUUCAUCACCUGCCAGCCGGGAUGUUCCUAUUCAGUCCUAUUCGAUAACUCGUACAGCUAUUUCAAGAACAAAAGGAUCCGGUAUUCAGUGCUCCUAACGACUCCGCUGAGCGAAGUCGAGCAAACGGCCAAUUCCAUCACCGUCACCGAGGAUCCGGUUCCGGCAGCAGAGGAUUAGUUCGCUCCGAACCUAGGUCCGCAGCAAACACGAGUCUGGGCAUGGUUUUCAGUACAAUGACGCACUAGCAGUUCUCUGUGUAUAAUUUUUCCAAAUUCAUUCCCAUUUCUCUAAACCAUGCUCAGACUGGUGGAAUCAGGACCAGCCUGGGGCGUUUAUGUACAUAUAAAUUUGUCUGACUUGUUAAGACAAUUUGUUGAAAAAAAAAAUCAACAUCACACACAGUGCACCGGCAUUGACAAAUUCUACUAUCGGGUGAUAAGAUAUCAAUAAAAAUUUAGAUUUAAUUCACUUGGGAGGAUGUAAUAACUAUCUUGUGCUCACUAGAUAUAUACUUUUUUUACAAGAAUGUGCUAUAAUUUUAUAUAGAUUUAGGAGCUACGGAGAAGCGACCGAUAAGGCCUAAGAAGAUAGAUCCUUUAUUUUGACCAAAGAUUUUGGUUUUACUUGGACAGGUUCUUUAGGACCUCGAAAAGAGUUAGCAUUCAUUUCAAAAUUCGUGACCUUUUUUUAAGUUGAAACAAACGCGAAAUAAAACAUCAGAACCCUAACUAUUACAUUCGAUAAGCGAAAGAUAUGAACAAA